UAGCAGAGUUAUGUAACACAGCGGCUUACCAGAACUUAUAAAGUUCUGUCUUGCUCACAGCUAUCAACAGUCUAUGUUUAUAACAAAAGUCAAAAUGAAGCUCGCAUUAGGCGACAUUGUAAUAGCUCUACUAUUAUAUUGGCUGAGUAUUAUCGCCGCUGACUUAACAACAGAUUUUACACAAAGUGAAGUUGUGCCUGAUGGAAUAAGUCAGUCCCCGAACGAGUUACUAACGGUCAAAUAUAACGAUAAAAGUAUACAAUUUAACGAGGAAUGGACGCCAACUAACAUUAAAAAUCAGCCGAAAGUCGAAUGGAAUGCCGAUCCGUCUAGUUAUUAUGCAAUCAUUAUGACCGAUCUGGAUGCGCCAAAGCGAUCUAGACCAGCAUACCGAGAAAUGUUACAUUGGCUCGUAACGAACAUACCAGGAAAUGACAUCUCGCAAGCUUAUACAAUCGCCGAAUACGUUCCUUCAGGGCCACAAAUACACACGGGAAAACAUCGAAUUUUGUACACACUUUACAAGCAGCCUGGCAAGCUAGACUUCGAUGAACCAAAGUCACACAACCGUUCGUUAAUUAUGCGCCUGAGAUUUUCACAGAAGAACUUUAGCCAUAAAUACAAUCUAGGAGAUCCUAUUUCUGCUAACGUUAUUUUAGUUGAAUAUGAUGACUAUGUACCGAUUCUUCAUAAAGAAAUUUUACGCGUUCAUUCUGAUUAGCCUUAUUGAAUGUAAUCUAUAUCCAUAUAUUGUAAUGAGUGCGAGUCUUAUGCUAAAUCACGAUCAAAGGUGACUUUUUGUAAAGAAAAAUGUGAUAUUUUAAUUUUCUACAUACUUUUUAUAAAUGUAUGAAAGAUGGGUUGAACUGUUAAAUUCAUAAGAAUA